CUCUUAUAUCCCCCCCAUACAGAACCAUGGAGUCCCGUUUCACCCGCGGCAAGUCCCCGUUGCUGGAGCGCCCCUUGGGCCGCCCUCGCGGGGAGGUGAGUCUGAGCGCCUUCGCCCUCCUGUUCUGCGAGCUGGUCCAAUACUGCCAACGCCGCGUCUACUCGGUGGCCGAACUCCAAGCCAAGCUGGCCCAAUUGGGUCACCAAGUCGGGCUGCGUCUCCUGGAUCCUUUAGUGAGUCGAGAGAGGGGGGGGAGACGCGAGACCAAAGUGCUGAGCGUCCUCCUGUUCGUUAAGGGACCCGUAUGGAGAUCCUUGUUUGGGAAGGAGGCUGAUAAGCUGGAACAGGCCAACGAUGAUGAUAAGACUUAUUACGUGAUCGAACGGGAGCCGCUGGUCAAUACCUUCAUCUCGGUGCCCAGGGAGAACAGCACCCUCAACUGCGCCGCAUUCACGGCCGGGUUGGUGGAGGCCGUGCUGGGAGCCAGCGGGUUCCCGGCCAAAGUGACGGCGCAUUGGCACAAGGGGACAACGCUGAUGAUUAAGUUUGAGGAGGGGGUCAUCGCCAGGGACAAGAGCCUGGAGGGGAGAUGAGGGGGGUUACAAUGAGUGGAGGGGACCCUUGUGCUCGGGGUGGGGUGUUUGUGGUGUUACGUGGUUGUAUAAAUGCUCUGUUGGCCCAUUGGGGGAUGGUCAAUGUUGGGUGUCCAACUAUGGCGUCCAUUGACCCUUCUGAAGACCCUCCAGUCUACGUGGGGACAUUGGACCCCAUUGGUGUCACUCAACACCAACACUUGUCCUCCUUUGGCUUCAUGUUGGGACACUCGUGUUGUUACGUGGUCCAAUAAAUGCUCUAUUGGCCCAUUGGGUGACCUUCAACGUUGGGUGUCCAACUAUGGCGUCCAUUGACCCUCCUGAAGACCCUCCAGUCUACAUGGGGACAUUGGACCCCAUUGGUGUCCCUUAAUCCCACCCCUUGUUCUCCUUUGGUUUCAUAUUGGGAUGCUCGUAUUGUUUCGGGGUCCAAUAAAUGCUCUAUUGGCCCAUUGGGUGACCUUCAACGUUGGGUGUCCAUCUAUGGCAUCCAUUGGCACACCGAUGACCCUCCUUAGGGACAUUGGACCCCAUUGGUGUCCCUCAAUCCCACCCCAUAGCCUCCUUGGGUUUCAUGUUGGGGCACUGGUGUUGGUUUGGAGUUCAAUAAAUGCUCUAUUGGCCCAUUGGGUGACCUUCAAUGUUGGGUGUCCAACUAUGGCGUCCAUUGACCCUCCUAAAGACCCUCCAGUCUAUAUGGGGACAUUGGACCCCAUUGGUGUCCCUUAAUCCCACCCCUUGUUCUCCUUUGGCUUUAUGUUGGGACACUCGUGUUGUUACGUGGUCCAAUAAAUGCUCUAUUGGCCCAUUGGGUGAUGGUCAAUGUUGGGUGUCCAACUAUGGCGUCCAUUGACCCUCCUAAAGACCCUCCAGUCUAUAUGAGGACAUUGGACCCCAUUGGUGUCACUCAAUCCCAUCCAUCAUCCUCCUUUGGCUUCAUGUUGGGAUGCUCAUGUUGUUUUAGGACACUGGUGUUGUAUUGGGGUCGAAUAAAUGCUGUAUUGACCCAUUGGGUGACAGUCAA